CCACCAACUCUGUAUGUAUAUCUUCCCCAGUGUAAAAGAGUAGUCAAGACUCAAGACUCAGUACACCCCUCUCCCCCCCUCCCAAAAACUCUCGCGUACUCGCGCCGUUUUCGAACCGUUUCUUCUCUCUUUCUCUGUGUCUGUAUUUGUGCGUUCUGAAGAACUACUGCAGAGUUAAACAACGAAAAAGGUUGUGUGGGAAAUGCAUGGUAGAAGGUAUGCAGAAGUUCUCAUUGCCCUUCAAAAACCCUAGCAACAACUUGUUCUAUCUCCCUUUCAAAAACCCCACCAUCAAAACCCUGCGCUUCAGAACUACUACCCCAGUAAGAACCCCUCUUCUCCCAAUGCCAACCCCACCAACCACGCACACUUUACCCAACCCCAACCCCACUUCUUUCACGGCCGUCGCUGCUUCUCUCUCUACCAAGUCUUUCGCCACCAGCAACCUCCAUUCUCGGUUCUUCGCCGCCGCCAAGCCCAGUAAUUUCUGUCUUAUAUGUCGCUGUGCAAUGGAUAACAGGCCACCCUUCCGGGCCUGGGUCGUGUUCAAGGACGGACGAAGCGGGUCUCGGGGGGCGUGGACGCACGCGGGUUCUGAUGGGUCGGGUUUGGUGGGUUCCGAGAAGGCUUCGGAGUGUACUGAUGAAGGGGAGCCCGAGAAAGCGUUGGAGGAGAAGCCAAUUAGGUUGGCUGGUGGUGGUGGUGGUCGGAGGCAGAGGGGUUCGGCGGCGUUGCUUGUAGGGAAUCCCGACUUGUUGACGAUUCCCGGCGUGGGGCCAAGGAAUUUGAGGAAGCUGGUGGAUAAGGGGAUUGGCGGAGUUGCCGAGCUUAAGCAACUAUACAGGGAUAAGUUCUUUGGCGAAUCUAGUCAGAAGAUGGUUGAGUUCUUACAGAGUUCUGUAGGAAUCAUACACAGAAACCAUGCGGAGAGUAUAACUACAUACAUCAAAGAGAGUGUUGAUGAAGAGUUGAAGGAGGACAGUUCAAACUCAGAUGUGAAGCCGGUGCAGAAGAAAAGACUUACUUUCUGUGUUGAGGGAAAUAUCAGUGUUGGAAAGACAACUUUCCUUCAGAGAAUAGCUAACGAAACGCUAGAGCUACGCGAUCUUGUUGAGAUUGUUCCAGAACCCAUUGACAAGUGGCAGGAUGUUGGACCUGACCACUUCAAUAUAUUGGAUGCUUUCUAUGCUGAGCCACAAAGAUAUGCCUAUACCUUCCAGAAUUAUGUUUUUGUUACGAGGGUUAUGCAAGAGAGAGAGUCAUCGGGUGGCAUCAAGCCCCUCAGAUUGAUGGAAAGGAGUGUUUUCAGUGACAGAAUGGUCUUUGUACGAGCUGUUCAUGAAGCAAAUUGGAUGAAUGAGAUGGAGAUCAGUAUUUAUGACUCAUGGUUUGAUCCAGUGGUAUCAUGCUUGCCUGGGCUUAUUCCCGAUGGUUUCAUAUAUCUUAGAGCGAGUCCUGAUACAUGCCACAAGCGCAUGCAGCUUAGAAAAAGAACAGAGGAGGGUGGGGUCUCCCUAGAGUAUCUCAGUGACUUACAUGAAAAGCAUGAGAGCUGGCUUUUCCCAUUCCAAAGUGGAAAUCAUGGUGUGUUAUCUGUGAGUAAGCUUCCCUUACAUAUGGACAGCACUUUACAUCCUGAUAUAAGGGACCGCGUGUUUUAUUUGGAAGGUGAUCACAUGCAUUCAAGUAUCCAGAAGGUUCCUGCUUUGGUUCUUGACUGUGAACCCAACAUCGAUUUCAGCAAAGACAUUGAGGCAAAGAGGCAGUAUGCACGCCAGGUUGCGGAGUUUUUUGAGUUUGUGAAGAAGAAGAAAGAAGUUCCAUCUAUGGAAGCUGGUGAAGGUGCUAGCCAACCACAGGUGCUGCUGCCUCAUAAGGGUGGGCUAUGGGUACCUGAUGGGAAGCAUUUCCCAGAGUCAGCACUAAAGUCUUUGGAUUUCAGACGAGCCAUGUCAUUCAUGUCAGGCUAGCAAUACUCUGCACUGAUCCUUUUUUUUCCGGGUUAAACCCAGAAGAAUGUCAGAGGUAUAUGUUUUUAUCUGAUGAUCUCUGGGUGAUGUGUGUUUAGCUCCUUUGUCAAUGUAAAAAAUGGAUUUAGCCCGUAGCCCCUUAACUUAAGAUGUAGAGAAAGUAUUGUGGUUGUGGAAUGCUUUAAGUAGUCUGCUGUUAGUUUGUUGAAGCUUUAUUCGAAAGAAGAAAGCGUUGCUUUGUUAUUUAUAUGUGGCAUUCGUCUUCCUGAGCA